AUGGCUUUCUUUGUCCGCCCCUCUAAAUAUCGCCACGUUUAUGGUACUUGUGCCAAGAGAGAUUUCUGCUAUGACAAUCUUCGUGUAAGCGCUAAUGCUUGGGAUACCAACAUGGUUAAGGCCAAUCCUUUGUUCAUUUCUGUUAACUGGCAAGCAUCUGGUGGUGGUGCAUUUGCUGUUAUUCCUCACUCUCAAGUUGGUAAAUUGCCUGACAACUAUCCUCUCUACCGAGGACACACUGGCCCUGUCCUUGAUACCGACUUCAACCCCUUCAACGACUAUGUGAUUGCUUCCGGAUCUGAGGAUAGUAAAGUUAUGAUUUGGAACAUCCCCGAAGAGUACGCCGAAAACCAAGAGGAGGUUACCCCUGUAUUGAAGUUAUCUGGUCACGGCCGUAAAGUUGGCCAUGUUCUUUUCCACCCCGUUGCUGAAAAUGUGUUGGCUUCUGCCAGUACUGAUUUGACCAUCAAAUUGUGGGAUAUCGAAAAGGGUGUUGAGAAGCAAGAAAUCACAGGCCAUGGUGAAAUUAUUCAAUCCAUGGCAUGGAACUACAAUGGUUCUCUUAUGGCUACUACCUGCAGAGACAAGAAGCUUCGUGUGUUUGAUGUCCGUGCCAAUGAAAUUGUGCAAGAAGGUCCUGGCCAUCAAGGUAUCAAGGGCUCGCGUGUCGUGUGGCUCGGUGAUACUGAUCGCUUGGCUACCACUGGUUUCUCUCGCAUGAGUGAUCGUCAACUGAACUUGUGGGACUCUACUAAUUUGGCCAAGCCCAUCAAAUCUGAAUUCAUCGAUACCUCCUCUGGUGUCAUUAUGCCCUUUUAUGAUGCUGAUAACAAAAUGUUGUACCUCGCCGGAAAAGGUGACGGUAACAUUCGUUAUUAUGAGUAUGAUAACGAUGCUUUGUACCUCCUUUCUGAAUUCAAGGCUAUUGAACCUCAAAGAGGUAUGGGUUUCUUGCCCAAGCGUGGUGUCCAUGUCAAUGAAUGUGAGAUUGCUAGAGCCUACAAGGUUGGAACUACCUUGAUUGAACCCAUUUCUUUCACUGUCCCUAGAAAGUCUGAUGCUUUCCAAUCCGACAUUUUCCCUCCUUGUGCCAGUGAUGAACCUGCUCUCACUGCUGAUGAAUGGUUCGAGGGUAAAAAUGCUGAUCCCAAGUUGAUUGAUCUCGAGUCUGGUUUCACUGCCAAGGCCAAGAAGGAAUUCACUCCUUCUGCACCUGCUGAAGAAGUCAAGCCUGAUACUGCAUCUGCUUCUUCUGGAUCUGCUAGUGCCAACGCUGGUGACAAAAAUGCCGAGGACCAACUCAAGGAUGUCAACAAGGAGAAUGAGGAAUUAAAGAGCUUGGUUGCUCAAAAGGACACAAAGAUUCGUGUUCUCGAGAUUGAACUCGAUAAGCUUCGCACAGAGUUGGCUGAAUUGGCUUUGGCCAAGAAGAACGAGGAACUCAAGGCUGAAAAGCUUGAAGAAUUACCUCACUCUGGCAAUGCUUUGGCCGAGUAA